AUGGCGUUUUGUUCAUCAUCUCACCAGCAAAAUCAAGAAUUCAAUGCUUUCCCCGACAAAAGAAGGAUAGUUUGUGAAUCUACAAGAUUGUUUGAUGUGUUCAUCAACCAUAGAGGCCCCGAUUUCAAACAGACGCUUGCUAUUCAACUUUACAAUUCCCUUCAGCAGUUGGGAAUAAGGGCGUUUCUUGAUUCCCAAGAGGAGCUUGGAGAUUCAUUUCCUUCCACUAUUCAGACAGCUAUCUCCUCUGCUUUGGUCAUCUUUUCCAAAGGAUAUGCAGAAUCAGCUUGGUGUUUGGCUGAGCUGAUUCUCAUGUUAGAAAGCGAGGCCAAAAUUAUCCCCUUGUUUUAUGACGUGAAACCAUCCGAUCUCCGCCACAUAGAGAAGGGAGUAUACGCUAAUGCAUUCAUUAAAUAUGAAGAGAAAGGCAGGUACCUGGAGAAGCUUAACGAGUGGAAAGGAGCCCUUCAGUCUCUUUCACUUAUAGCUGGGGAAGAAUUUAAAGUAGCAGCUGUGCAAAAAGAAGUACAAAGGAAAACACAAUUACAUGUUGCUCAAUAUCCAGUGGGGUUUAACAAUCUUGUGAAAGAUUUUGAAAGGCAUAGCUUUGAGGUACUUGUACAGGAUUUUGAAAACCAGAGCAGGCUGAACGAUAAGGCUAAGGUAGUUGGAAUUUUCAGCAUGGGUGGAUCAGGGGUGGAUCAGGGAAGACAACUCUCGCCAAAGAAUUGUUUAACCAAAUGGGAUCAAAAUAUUGUAGAGCAAGUUUUCUGUUUGAUGUGCGAGAAACGUAUGGAAGAAGAGAAUUACCUUCUUUGCAGCUUAAGCUUCUCAAAGAUCUCUUUCACGGGCAUCAUCUCAGCUUUACAAGUACAGAGGAAGGAACAAGUUAUCUCAAAGAGACUACAAAAGAGCCCUACCCAUUUAAGCUUUCUAAUUGUUGUAGAUGACAUCGAUCAUGUAGAGCAGUUAAAUGCUGUACUGAUCAUGGAUAUCGUAAAUAAAUUGGAUAAUAGGUUAGUUAUUGUCACAAAUCGUGAUGGAGGGGUGCUUAUAGCUGCAGGGAUUACUCAUGGUUAUCAUUUAAAAGUAAUGGAUAGAGAUCAUGUAAGGGAACUCUCCUGUCGGCAUGCCUUUGACCAACCCAAUCCAUCUAGUGGGUACGAGGAGCUGUCUAAAACCUUCGUAGAUGUGUGUGGAGGGUUACCAUUGUCUCUACAAGUUUUGGGCAGGCACGUUCAUGGUAGAAGUGAGGAAUAUUGGAGGAAUCAAUGGGUUUCAGAAAUUCUUACCAAAACCAAUGUCAGGUGUUUCCAUUCCAUUUUUUACGAGUCCAUGAAUUCUCGAGUUACAUUCUUCUUAGGCCAAUCAGAUAUUUGUGUUGUGACGUCAGCUUCCUUGCUAUGGCUCGAGCUUCAGGGCUAUUGUGCUGCAGAACCAAUGAGGAGCAUUCCUUCGUGGGUGCCCUCCCAGUUGAAAGAACUUCAUAUUUCUCAAGCCUCUUUGAAAAAAGUUCUAAUUUCCUUAGGAGUAUCAGAUAAUUUAGAAAAGGUGUCCUUGGAUGCCGGAGGAUUGCCAAUCCAAGGAAUUUCUAAUCUUGCAAAACUUGUGUUGUUGAAUAUUAAUCAAUGCCCAGAGCUCGAGGAGCUAACUCUUGGUCAUCUUAGCUGUUUGGAAAGGAUAGCAAUUGUAGAUUGUAAACAUUUGAGAAGUGUAACAGUAAUAUCUAAUCUUGCAAAGCUUGUGCUGUUGAAUAUUGGUCAAUGUCCAAAGCUCAAGAAGAAAACACUUGGUCAGCUCAGCUGCUUGGAAAGGAUCACAAAUGUAUAUCAUUUGAAAGGUGUAUCAGGAAUAUCUAAUCUUGCAAAGCUUGUGUUGUUGAAUAUUAAAGUCAAUGUCCAGAGCUAG